AUUUGUUCACGUAUAAUUAAAAAAAGGAUGUAUUUUCAUUACAGCAUCGUCAAACUAGACCCUUAUCUUGGUUACUAUGGAUUUCCAUUCCGUUUCCAGUCUCCAUGGAGACGGAAAAGAGCGAGGAAGAUGAAAAUAAUGAUGUUUGAUGUAUAAUAACUCCGAACUGAAAACUUUCAGUUCGUUUUCAGUUCGAUAUUUUUAUUGACAUUGAGAGGUUGUUAAUGAUGCAUGUUUAGGAUUGGGUUUCACAUAGAGCGAACUGAGCCCUAAAUCAUAUGUGUAAUCCAUGAUUGGAACCCCACCCCCCACCCCCAUUGCUAUUUAGAUCUAUUGGACUUGGUUAUUAGAGUUUUCAGCAUUUCAAUUCAAUGUUGCUUUCCCCUUGCCUUUUGUUGUUCCCUACUCUUUCACCAAGAGAGAAGCACGGUACCUCGAAGUAACCUUUAUCAGCGAGGAAUAACAUGUCGAACCCCAGCGACAUUCACCAGUUUCGAACUCAAACCCCUAGUUUCAUUUUAAAUUCGAAUAAGGGUAUGCUUGAGCUGUCCAAUAUGCAACAACAAGGGAUAAUAGUGGAGCAACUUCGACGAGAGGCCCUGAUGCCGCGAAUCAACGUUUCGGUCGCAGUCUUGGACUUACAGAGUUUUACUUUGUGCCAUCAAAAGGAAGACUAUCUUCUAAUGGGAUUUUCUCCUCAAACGAAUAAUCCUUUCAGGGAAAAGUCCCCCUGCGCUGUAUUGUGAAGAGAUGUUUCACCGUGUCGUUAAAGUUUAUUCC